GUUAAACUUCUUGAUAAUGAGAAGCGAAUUUAAGAAUAAUUUCUCUUAUAAGUGUUUAAGAAAAGUAUCAAUAAUAUUUGGAACAUGGUCAUAUUCCACGAAAGCUGAAAAGAUUGUUACCAACGUCAUUUCAAUUAUAUGGGGUUUAGCAAUUUUUGCGAAUCAUAUUGAUUAUGAGAUAAAACCAUGGAUCGAUAAUUCUCUAAAAAAAUCCAAACAAGAUGCUGCUUUUGAAAAGAUAAUUCGAUUACAUUUUUGGACAUUUAAUGGAAUUUCCCUUAUUAACUGUCUCCUACCACUUAUUAAUAGAAAUACGAUUUUCGUAGAGUCAAAUACAAAUCAAACAACCUUAAGUUCAAUAUUUAAUUCGUGGAAAAUGAUUAUUAUCGUGCUAAUAUUGUUCUCUGGCAACGUAAUACCAGCGUUAUUGUUUUAUAAGUUUCUCAAAAGCGACAAAGACGCAAACGUUAUCUACAACAAAUUAUUUCAAGAUAUUUGCAAAUUAGGACCUUUGACGGUAGAUUUGCAAUUUGUAUGGUUUUGUUACAGUCUACGGGAUAAAUUUAAAAGUUUGAACGAUUCGUUAAUAAAUUUUUCCGAUCCAACAUUAAAUAAAAUAGUAUGGUCUAUUGAAAUAUCAACACGAAAAAAAGGGCAAAUUCAUUGGGCUCAUGAAAAAUAUAAGACUUUAACAGAAAAUGUUUACUUAUUAAACAAUGUUUAUGAAGAACGAAUCAUGGUUAAUAUGUUAUGUUAUAUGUUCAACACUGUUUGUGACCUAUUUAAUACACUUUCGGCAUUCAAAGACGAAGAAUCAUCACGAAUACUUGUCGUUGUAUCUUUGUUGUGGGUUGUACAUAACAUAACAAGGAUAACGUUAGUGUGUUUUGCAGCAUCUGCAGUCAUUCAACAAGAUGAACGAGUUCACGAACUUGCUUUAGCAGCUGAAGAAGUAUUAGUAACAAAGCACAGUCAUUCCAAUUUUGAGAUGAAACGUUUUUUGAGGCGUUUGAUCUAUACCAAAGUAAAAUUUGACGUUUGUGGCAUAAUGAAAUUGGACAAGUCCCUACUGUCCACAGCUAUGAUUAUGGUCAUUUCUUAUUUGGUUUUAGUCUUGCAAUACAAUUAUACCUAAUAUCAAUG